AUGCAGCAACAUGUGAGUCUGAUGCUAAUUCCUGCUCUUCUGACAUUCAGCUCUACACUUAAUGCACGAGCUGUACAUGGUGUUUCCAAGUUUAAACCAGAAGUUACACAUUUCUUCAAAAUAAUCCUUGACGAUUCCCUUCGAGAGGGGAAGCUUAACAUACCCAGUAAGUUUUGGCGCGAGUUUGGUAGUGGGAAACCGAGCUCAGUAGAGCUUCUUGCCCCUUGCGGUGCAGUAUGGAAAGUAGAAGUUAGAAAAAGAGACCAUGAGGCCUGGUUGCAAAAUGGAUGGGAGGAAUUUGCAGAGCAUUAUUCUUUAAGCUACGGCCAUUUUGUUGUUUUCAGACAUGAAGGAGAUGGCAAAUUCCAUACUCUCAUAUUUGAUAUGACUGCUACUGAGAUAGAUUAUCCAAUCGUUGGCCCAAAUGGUGAGUCUUCUAAUCUCAGAGAAGGAGACAAGGACGAAGGUGGAGACAAUGAUAGCCCUGUUGAAAUUUUGGACAGUCCCGAGUCCCCUAGCAGGAAACGAAGAGACAAGGACGAAAGUGGAGAAGAUGAUAACUCCGUUGAAAUUUUGGACAGUUCCGAGUCCCCUUGUCGGAAACGAAGAGAGAUAUCACCGUUGCCAUGUCCGAAGCCCUCUAAGUCACUAAGAACCAAUUCUACAUCUGAAAAAGCUGGAGAACGCCAUGGAGGAUUCGUCAGUGAUAGUCAAAGAUGCCGGCAAGAAAAGAUUUGUAAGAGAGUCCAACCAUUGAUCGCUGAUGAAAAACUAAGAGCUCUUCAAAAGGGCUACCGCAAACUAAGAGCUCUUCAAAAGGGCUACCGCUUUCAAGUCCAAUGA